CGUGACAUACUUUAUGGAUGACGCCUUGGUGCUACAAGUGUUAAUGACCAAUCGAAUUUGCAAUCGAAAUGAAAAUUUGAUUUCAGCGAAAUAUUUGCAGUUUUACAAUUUUUAAAAAUAAUGACCAUGAGUGACCAUUUCGGAAAAUAUUUUUUUAUGUUCAGAAAAUUUGCUAUAAAAUUGUCUAAGAGACAUUGGAGAUUGGACCUCUGGUUACUAAGAUACAGCGGCUUAAAGAAAAAGAUUCCUGUAUCAAUAAUGGGUUCAAAGGCCAACCCAAACCCUCCAUUUCCUAAUGAGGAUAUCUCAGCAACUAAUGAUAUGAUUUUCAACGUUAAAAAAUGAAAUUUGGCGAUCUUUUCAAAAACAGUAUUUUUUUUAAAUCAAGACUAACAUUUCUAGAAGGCUAUACAUUAAAUAUUACGUCCGCUGAUUAAAAACAAAUUUUGUUCAAUUUAUCAGACAGAUUGAAAUCACACAAAAUAACAGGAAGUAAUCACUAAGUUCAAAAAAAUACUGUAAUUGAGCAAAGUUAUUAACGAUUACAAUUGUAUCAACACAACCACUGAAAAAUCUGUCCAGUCGGUUAUAAUCAUGGAAAUCGCACCAUUGGCAACGCUUUUGGUUGCACUAACACUCCUUUUUGAACAUGGAUUAUCAGGUCAAGUUAAUCCUUUUCAAGAAGACAACGUCAGCUCUUCCGAAACCACUCCAUCGUUCAGAGCCUUGCAGCUUAGUAAACCAAAGACGACCAUCCCAGCAAAAUCGAAACUGACUUCGAAGGCGAGCAACAGACCUAUCACAACCACCAAGCGAAUCGGACAAACCACCAAAUCAAUUAAGGUAAAGAAACUCACAUCGUAACUAUUUAUUUCCAAAUAAAAACUUAAUUUUGUUUCUAGAAUCAACAAUUGCGAAAAACAACUACAAAGGUUAGUAUCUCAUUUCCGCCAGAUUCAGCAUGUAAAAUUUUUAACCCGUUUCUUUUCCCAAACGAAGGAGGUAAGCAUCAUUCCUUUACUAUUGAGCAACAUUCACUGAACCAUUCAAGCACAACGGGUAAAAUUUUAAUUUCCUUGGGCAGUUAGUUCCGGAACAUAGGCAAUUACCAACAAACUCUUAUUGGGGCCCAGUGUCCGCUUCUGCUGAAGACAGCGAGGAUUAUGGCAAUUUGACUACGGCGGAGGUGCCAGACCUGUACGAUGACCUCACCUCAACUAGAACAACACUGAGUGUGACCGAAGUUCCGGACGCGUUCACCGUCGAGGACGUAACUCGGAAACGGUUGAAGCGUCGCAAGACGACCUCCAGACGUCGGCUGAAGCGAACGAGAACGACCACCAAGUGACAGAUUUAGUUUGAGGACAGAUCGGAAAAUCACAAAUCAAUCAGUUAUGUUCACGGGAAGGCAAUUGGAAAUAUUUUGUUAAGACCUUUCGACUGGAACAAAAUAAGUAAAUUUUCAAUACUUUUCAAAAUUUUUUUUUUCUUCAUAGAAGAAAAAUCUGUUGCAGAUAUUUGUCAAACUUUAAGUCACCCUCCCUUUCAAAAAUGUCUAAACAAUUAGAACAAUGCAAAAAAAAAACAAAGGUCUCAGCCUUCCUUCCUCGAUGUCCUCUCUAGCUCUAGCGAAGAAUCUCUCUGCCUCGAUGGUUCUUUGGAUUCCAUUUGUCAAUGUUGUCUUUUUCUCAUGGCUUGCAUAUACAUGGAUUCUUUGCGAAACAGAGAAUAGACGAAUGUUUGACACUUGUUUGUGCUUGAUUGCUGGACGUUGCUAUGAUUCUCUUGUAUAGCUGGGUAUCAUGAAAAAACCAUUAGUGGCUGAGAUAUCGAUACAUUAGAAAAAAGGUGGGUUGUUUGGGUGAGACUUAAGGAGCCAUUACACUACCGCCAAACAAACUCGCACUUUUUCGUGUUUGUCAGUUUGCGGCAAACUCGCAAACAAGACAAAAUGUAUGCAGGCCGACGUUUGUACAAACACAUCCACGCAAACCAACAAAGCAGGAAAACUGGCAAACUGUCAAAAAGUGCGAGUUUGUUUGUUUGUUUGCCGUAGUGUUGUAGCUCCUUUAGAAAACAUCAAUUUUCCUGUUUUUAAAUCUUUGCAUGGCAAUAUCUCAGAAACUAAAGGUCGUAUCAACCUUGGUAUCAACAAAGUUCAAAAAAGCAAAAUAUAGAGAAUUUUCUGAGCUUUUCAAACACAUUUUUUUUUCAAAAGUGGGCAAACAUGAGCACUUAUUUUAAAAAAAUGAAUAACUGCGACUAUUUUCAAAAAAGUAACCUAAAAAUGGCUAUAAAUUAAAAACGGUGCUCUUAAUCAAAAUUUCACUGAAGUACUUUUUGAUUGAAAUUUGAAAAAAAUUUG